UCCUAUGCGUGCAAAUCGGUACAAUAGACUACCAGUGCUGUCACCACUGCUUUGCUUGUGUUUACGUCAGGCUUGUCUACCUGUCCACUGUUUAACAUGGCCGGGUCCAAGUUUCAAUACGAUGAGAGCGGGGGCACAUUCUUCUACUUCUUGCUGUCCUUUCUGGCACUGGUGGUCAUCCCCAGCACGUACUACGGGUGGCCUAAACGGCAGAGCAAAGAUGAUAAUAAGAGGGACCGAAAGCAGUGUCACUGCGAGCAAUGCGCUCAGAAGUCGAGUUACCUCAGCAAUCGGGAACCGUUCCUCAAAGUCAAGCAAAGAAUCAUAAAACUGUUUCUAAUCCUGGGAUGGAUGGCACUGUUCGCGUGCGCCUACAAAGUGGCUCAUCUGACCAACGAUUACAUCAAUUGGGAUCCGUUCGAGAUCUUACAGAUUGAUCCGGGUUCGUCGACGGCGGAGAUCAAGAAGGCGUACAGACGUCUGAGUCUUGUCUACCAUCCGGACAAAGAGACCGGAGAUGAGCGUAAGUUCUUGAAGAUAGCGAAGGCCUACGCGGCGCUCACCGACGAGGAGGCGCGCAAGAACUGGGAGACGUACGGCAAUCCCGACGGCCCCGGCGCCAUGUCUUUCGGUAUAGCGCUUCCCUCUUGGAUUGUCGAGAAGGAGAACUCGUUUCUGGUGCUCGGCUUAUAUGCGUUGGUAUUCAUGAUCGCGUUGCCGGUGGCGGUCGGCAUCUGGUGGUACCGGUCCGUCAAGUAUGGCGGCGAUCAGGUCCUGCUCGACACGACUCAACUCUACUACUAUUUCAUCCAUAAGACACCGCAUAUGCCGCUGAAGCGAGUGCUAAUGGUGUUGGCGUCGAGUCUGGAGUUUGAGCGCAACCACAAUAGUGAAGUGAUUGAGCGGCCGUCGGAUAACGAAGAAGUGCCACAUCUGAUGAAACUGUUGCCCAAUUUGGGUGAGAAGAACAAGGAGAGGCCGCUAUGUUUCACCUAUAGUAUCAAAGCCCGGGCCCUACUGCACGCCCACCUGAGCCGUAUGCAACUGCCGCCCCACUCCCUAGACAUCGACAAACUCUAUGUGGUCGGGAAGUGUCCGUAUCUGCUCCAGGAGUUUGUGCAAUGCGUGUCUCAGCUGACAAUGUUAGCGCUGGCCGGUCGUAUCGCCCGUACACCCAAUUUAGAUACGUUAGAGCACACCAUGAAGUUAAGCGCACUGGUGGUACAGGCGCUGUGGGACUCGAAGAACUCGCUCCUGCAGUUGCCGCACGUGUCCGAAGACAUGUUAAGGCAUUUCACGACACGUAAGAGGAAUGUGCGGAAUAUCCGUCAGUUGGCGUCCAUGAAGUCGGAUGAGAGGCGCUCUAUGUUAAGGAACUUAAGUGAUGAACAAUACGAGGAUGUAAUGAAUGUGAUCUCGAAGAUGCCUUUACUCGAGAUCGAUGUCAGAUCUGAAGUGCUGGACGACGAAGACGCCGGUAUUAUCACCGCCGGAGCCAUCGUCACCGUCACUGUUAGUCUUUGCCGACAAAAUAUGUCGGUUUUGUUCGACAAAGAGUUUAUCGAAGAGAAGAGUUGUAUCGAUAAUGAAGAGGAAACGGAAGAUAAGGAAAACCUGGCGAUCGGAGAGGCGGGCGAUAAGAUGCAGACCAAUGAGACGGCCCUCAAGAAGCCUAAAGUGUGGGAAAAACAAACGAAAGGCAAGAAGAAAGGAUCCAAAAGCGCCAAAACCAAGAAAACGCCCAAAACUGCGGCCAUCAAAAAGAUGGCUCAAAACCAGAGCCAACAACCGAAAGAGACCACAGAAGCCAAUAAUCAAGUGAUUGCCGUCAAGAAGAGUAAGACGAAAGAGUCGGACGGAGAGAGCAAUGAUGGGAGUGAGAGGGGAUCGGAUGAUGAGUCGGAUGUCGAGAAUUCCGAGCGAACUGUGAGUAAAGCCACUGAAGAGGUCAGCGAACACGAAGAAGAAGAGGAUAAUUGGGAUGACUUCCAGAAGAGUGUAACCAAAAAGAAGGAGCCAUUGGAGGGCAAGUCAAAGAUGUCGCACUCAGUCCACUGUCCCUACUUUCCCGAUGAUAAGCAGGAGUACUGGUGGAUAUACCUGUCCGAUAAGAAACGGCACGCCUUGAUAUCGGCGCCGUAUCUGAUGACAAAUCUGGUCGACAAAGAGGAAGUGGAGCUCAAGUUCACAGCGCCUCAAAAGCCCGGCCAAUACACGUAUUCGGUGAUCGUUCGCAGCGACUCUUAUGUCGACUUUGAUAUCUCGAAGACGAUUAAGCUGGACGUAAAGGAAGCCCCCAAACAGACGGAAAGCCAUCCGCAAUGGGAUAUCUCCGAGGAUGAGGAAGAGGUGAAUAAGGAUGAGGACAGUGCUGUCGAAGACUCGGAUUUGGUGAACAGUACGGAUGAAAGUGAUGAUGAAUUAGACGAUUAAAUGACACAUUUUAUGUUGUUUUCUAUUUUUGCUAACAUUUUCACUGAUUUGAGUCCAAAAAUUAAUUUAAUUUAAAUUUAAAUUAAUUAAUUUAUAUAUAAUUUUUAUAAUUUGUUUAUCUCUCUAAUCGAUUCAUUCAUAUAUUUUUCGCAUACGUUUACAAAAUAUACUGUAUUUUACGGGAUCUCUCGACUUCUGUUUGCACUCAAAACCCAAUUUGUUUUAUCCAUUCAACGAAUUUCAGUGACAUUUUAAUUGAGAGUUAAAUUUGACAAAUCAUUACCGAAUAUAACAUAUUAUUAUUGAGAAAUAUUUAGAUGUUUUAUAAAUUAAAUUAAAAAUAUAUAUUCAAAGC